AUGAUGGCCCUACUCAAGUUGAUGAAGGUUACUUCAUGUCGUACUAUCGUCUUUGCACGGGACCCCGAGGGUUUUAACGAAGACGACUUUGACAUGGAUGAGCCCGAACCUGACUGGGAAGUCGACGAAGAUCCUCAGCUUACCGUCCAAUUGAGAGUGCAACGGUCACUCUGCCCUUUGGUAGAGCCCUGCAACAUUCCCAAGCGAUCCUCGUUGCCACCUGCACACGAGGCACGGCGUCCACAAAAGCUACUACGGCCUGACGAUGGCGGUGCUCCCACCGACAUCGGAUCCCAGGCUAAGGAUUCAGAUGACACUUCGCCCGUCGAAAACACGAACGUGGAUGACCAAGACGCACUCCUGACGACGAAACUGGCGAGUGCGAUCUUCGGAGACGGUCCUUUGACGCGCGAAAGCAGUGCCGUGGGCUAUCCUGUCAGCCUGAAGUCGCAAGCAAACUCAACGCCCACGUUUGACACGUACCUGGCCUACAUGCAGAGAGGGGUUUCAAACUUUGGAAAUCUCAGCGUUCGCCACAUCUGGUUCGGCACUUUCUUCGGCGACGACAAUGCCUCCACUACCACCACAGACGCCGACGCCCUCAGCUGCGUCCUCCUCUUCCCCCUCCCCUGCGCCAGCUUCAAGGGCACCGUCAGACUGGCCGCGUUCCAACAGCAUCAGCAACAGGAAACUUUGGCGGCAGACGACCGUCUACGUGGUGUUGUCGAGGCUCUGCCAUACGAGAGUGCCCUACACAGCUUCAUUGUGGGAGAUGGUGAUACCGUGCUGCGAUUGUUUGACGACGCGAAGGACCGAGAGGAGAUCACGAACAUCAUGGUAACUCGCAAAGACGAGAGACUACCUGGACCCUCACCAGCCGAUCUCAGCCUCCAACAAUACAACAGGCCACCAAAGGACUUGCACGAGUUUCUCCUCAACCAUAGCUGUAGCAGUGUCGGCGACGCUCGCGAGGAGAAGUCGUCAGAGGAGUGUCAGAUCGUUGCGCAUGACUGCAUUACUCAGGUGCCCCGCAACCACCAGCGGUAUGGCCAUAAGGUGGAUGGGGUAGUUGUGAUCUCGAAGUGGCCAGUGGAGAUCUGCUGGAUGGAGGCCGCAAAGAAGGACGGGGGAGCGAAUACUACCAAGUGCCUUCAUGACAGUAGGAAACUCAUAAAGUUUAUGAAGGACGGCCACGAUAUGAUCCAGGAGAAGGCGGAGCUAUCGACUAACGAUACAACCCAGGUUCUUGCCGUCAUCGUGCAGAUCCUCAAGCUGCGAAAGGUCAUCUUGGCCAUGGCAGCAUCGACGACGAGAGCUCUGGCGUCAAAGACUGGAUAG